AGUUUAGCGAAGUCUGACUCACCGCCUGUGACCCGACGCUUCCAAUGAACAAUUAAGCGCUUUCAGGAGGCUAUAAGAAGGGCUGACAAAAGCGGCGCCCUUCCCAUUACAUGUUUGCUUUGGAGAAGCGUUCCGGACAGCUGUUGGAGGAAAAAUGAAUAGUGUGCACGGUGGGAAACCUGUGCGGCCGCUGUUAAAAUGCACCCACGCUGAGUGUGGAGCAACUUUCAACAGGCAGAGGAAGCUGAAAGAGCAUGAGACUGUGCACACCGGGGCGCGUCCAUGUUUGUGCACAAUUGCUGGAUGUGGCAGUCGUUUCUCGAGAACAUCCCACCUGAAGCGCCACAUGCUCCAGCACAGAGGAGUCAAGCAGUUCAAAUGCAAGUUUGCCAACUGCGCAAAGGCUUUCUUCGACACAGGGAAACUGAAGAGACAUGUGCGCUACGUUCAUGGAGACAAAAAUAAGUAUUUUAAGUGUAACCAGCCUAAAUGCUCCUCGACUUUCAAAAAGCGCAGGCUGUUUAAGCUGCACUUGAAGGAGCAUGAAGUGCCUGUUAAGAUCAAGUGUUCCAAGGAUGGAUGUUCUGCCACGUUCGACUCCCACAUCACCCGCAAAGCCCAUGAGAAAAAACACACAGGUUACCGCUGCCCUCUUCCUAACUGCCAGGGACAUGAAUACACCUGGGGGAAACUUCAGAAGCACAAGGCCAAACAUCCAGCUACCUUUACAUGCCAAAUGUGCAAGAAGGUGUUUAAGAAAGUGGACGCUCUGCGGAGGCACAAACGGAUCCAUGCGUCCCAUAAGCCUGUGCUGGUCUGUCCCAGGGAAGACUGCCAAGCCUACUUCUCUACAACCUUCAACCUGCAGCAUCACAUUCGCAAAGAGCACCUGCAGCUUCUCAAAUACAAAUGCUCCUUCCCUGACUGUCCACGCAUGUUCGCUAUGCGGGAGAGUAUGACCAGACAUCUGCUUCGCCAUGACCCAUGCGCCACCACUCUGAAAAAACGUCGGCGCCCUAAGAAGUCCUGGCAGAGGCGUUUGAAUGGACAUCAUCUGCCCCUCGUGGAGGAAAACCUGGGUCGCCUCUUUGCCCUGCGCAUGAGAAUCUCCAGACGUGCCAAAGUAGAAACCAACCUCUCAGGGCUCUUCAGUGAACGCAAGAUCCCUCACUAUGUUGACCCCGAAGUCAACCUCCGCAACCUGUUUAACAUCAAACCCCCUCGGGCUUUGGAGAAGCCGGCGGUUGCACCUGUUGAAGGUUGAAUGAAAUUGCAUCAGAUCAAGCUGUGAUUUGAGUGUGACGCCUUGGACUGUUUUAUUUAACGUUAAAGAAAUAUGAAAUUGGGUCGUUUUUUUUUUGGUUUUAAUGUAGCCGACAUACAUUGAUGUAUUUAAAUUUCAAAUUAAUUAUUUGAAUGUGACUUGACAGAAUAUGUCAAGCUUGAGGAACUCAAAGUAACUGCUCUGAAAAAGUCUUAACUGAAAUGCUUAUGUUGUGUAAAAGGUGUAAAAGACUUUGUUGACCCAAUAAAAUGAGUUGUAUUUUGAA